AUGGCAGAAGCUCUCCUGGAGAUUAAAGACGUGGAGUGCACCAAGCCGAAGGGCGACCGCCUCUUCACGAACGUCAACUUCACCGUCAAUGAAGGUGAUAUAGUCGUCAUACAGGGAAAGAGUGGUGCAGGGAAGUCAACAUUGCUAAAAUGCCUAGCCCACCUCAACUUGCACAGCGGGGAUGUUUGCUAUCGGGGCAGGACGGCCAGGUCGUACGGUAUCCCAUAUUUCCGAACUCGUGUGAUGUAUGUACCCCAACGCGCCUCAUUGUUACCGGGUACGCCGCGAGACUUCAUGGCUGCCAUAUCGUUAUUUGGAUCAUAUAAUCAGAAAUCCUCCACGAAACCAAAGGGAUUGUCACACGAGGUCGUCGAGCUUGCCGAGUCAUGGGGAAUUGACGAGGAACUCUGGGAUAGGAAUUGGAGCAACUUGAGCGGUGGCGAGAUGCAAAGGGUUGCGCUAGCGAUCGCAGUUGGCCUCCGGAGUGCUGAAGUUCUGCUUCUUGAUGAGCCUACAUCUGCUCUAGACCCUGAUAGUUCUGCGCGCGUUGAGAACUAUCUCAAGUCGCAGAUCGAAGCAGUAGACUCAAACCUCAAAGCUCUCGUGUGGGUAACACACUCCGAAGAGCAAGGAAAGCGUGUAGGGACUAGGUUCCUCCGACUUUCUGCUGGUGGCGUUCAGGAAGAGAAUGCGCAUCUUGAUGUGUAA